AUGAUGCGCCUGCGCACGUCUCACAGCGUUGGCGCGCUGCUCCUGCUGCUGGCAGCGCGCGGCGCCCCGAGUGCCGGGUCGCCGGCGAGCGGGACGCUGGCCCGCCCGAGGCUGGAGGCCUCGGCGAGCGGUCGCCCUCGCGAGCCGCAGGCCGAGUUCGGGAGGCGCCAGGCUACCAGCGGCGCGCAGUUGUUGCUCAAGCUCUUGGCGAGUGAUGGGGCCGCAUUCGACUAUUUCGGACGAUCGGUGGCCGUGAGCUCCGACGGGGCCCGCGUGGUGGUGGGGGCCCCCCUCGACGACGACCAGGGCAGCAACUCUGGCUCCGUGCAGGUGUUCGACGGUACCACCGGCGCGAGGCUGCUCAAGCUCUUGGCGAGUGAUACGGACGAGGGUGACUAUUUCGGGUUCUCGGUGGCCGUGACCUCCGACGGGGCCCGCGUGGUGGUGGGGGCCUCCAGGGCCUCCUGGAACGCUGGCUCCGUGCACGUGUUCGACGGUACCACCGGCGCGAGGCUGCUCAAGCUUGUGGCGAGUGAUGGGGCCCCAAUGGACUUUUUCGGACUCUCGGUGGCCGUGAGCUCCGACGGGGCCCGCGUGGUGGUGGGGGCAUACUAUGACGACGACCAGGGCAGCAAAUCUGGCUCCGUGCACGUGUUCGACGGUACCACCGGCGCGAGGCUGCUCAAGCUUGUGGCGAGUGAUGGGGCCGAGACAGACCUUUUCGGAUUCUCGGUGGCCGUGACCUCCGACGGGGCCCGCGUGGUGGUGGGGGCCUACUAUGACGACGACCAGGGCAGAAACUCUGGCUCCGUGCACGUGUUCGACGGUACCACCGGCGCGAGGCUGCUCAAGCUUGUGGCGAGUGAUGGGGCCGAGGAAAAGCGUUUCGGACUCUCGGUGGCCGUGAGCUCCGACGGGGCCCGCGUGGUGGUGGGGGCCUACUAUGACGACGACCAGGGCAGCAACUCUGGCUCCGUGCAGGUGUUCGACGGUACCACCGGCGCGAGGCUGCUCAAGCUUGUGGCGAGUGAUGGGGCCGAGGGGGGCCUACUAUGACUACGAAGAGUACAGAAGCUCUGGCUCCGUGUACGUGUUCGACGGUACCACCGGCGCGAGGCUGCUCAAGCUUGUGGCGAGUGAUGGGGCCGCGGACGAGCAAUUCGGACGAUCGGUGGCCGUGAGCUCCGACGGGGCCCGCGUGGUGGUGGGGGCCAGCAAAUCUGGCUCCGCGUACGUGGGCUCCGCGUACGUGUUCGACGGCACCAUCGCCACCACCAGGACGGCCACGAGUUCCGCGACGUCAAGCACUACUACUGAGACGACCACCGCGACAACAACUGAGACGACCACCGCGACAACAACUGAGACGACCACCAUCAAGACAACCACCGAGACGACCACCGCGACAACAACUGAGACGACCACCAUCAAGACAACCACCGAGACGACCACCGCGACAACAACCUGAGACGACCACCAUCAAGACAACCACCGAGACGACCACCGCGACGACCACCAAGACGGCCACGACGACCAUUGAUACGGGCACGAGUUCGGCCACAUCAAACACCACAGCCACCACCGAGCCAGGGGAAGUAAUUCAAAUUGCAGUCUUGAUCUUGGCUGGUGCCUGGAUCUUGUUCUUGGGCUGCAGUGUCGCGCUGGGCUGCCUGGUGAGGCGCGGGCUUGUCAGGGGCCCAACACCCUAGCGCGGCAUUCACAAAGCCAGGCACCCCUCUGAUGAAUCAAUCGGGGGCGGCGGAAAACGCCUAUGUGGCCGAGAGUUGGGCCAGAGCUCGGCCAAGCUAUUGGGCCAGAGCGCGGCCUUCCGCAUGAAGCCCUGGUCAGCUCCCCGCCAGGCGUUUUUCCGCAAUCGGGGAAGCAUGUGAGACCUUCUGAGAGUUAUCGGUGAAACUUUCUACCAGUUUUGAAGCCCUGGUCAGCUUCCCGCCAGGCGUUUUUCCGCAAUCGGGGACGCACUCGAGACCUUCAGAGAUUGGACUGGACUGGAA